GUUGCGACCGGAUAUUAGGUGUGUAAUUUCCGCUGACUCGACACUAGUGAUUUCUCUCAAAUUCAGCAUCAACGUGAAACUAAACCCGAACCGGACCCGGUCACAUCCGGUCAGACCCGGUAUAAGACCCGUUCUAAGACCCGGUCAGACCCUGGAUGAGACCCGGGAUGAGAGCGUCACACCCCGGGGUGAGAGCCGCAGGACGCAGCGGAGCCACCGAGGAGAACCGGGAGCGACCAGCAGGCUUCCGACGCUCGGACUGAACAUGUGGGAGAAAACGUUGCUGCUGCUGCUGCUUCACUCGGUCGACGCUGUCAUGGCGUCUCAGUGCUGGCAGGGGGCGACCUUCUCUCAGGCGGUGGUGUCCCCGGCUGUGACGAGCAGCGGCAUCCUGCGGAUACCCGGCGUGUUGACGUUGCCGCAGUGCGUGGCGGCGUGCUGCGACCUGCCGGGUUACAACCUCGCCUGGCUGUUCCAGGGACGCUGCUAUAUCCUGAUCUGCCAGCAGAUGGAGAACUGCCAGCCGCGAGAGAGACCAGGGGCCGACUCGUUCUUGGCCUUCCUGCAGAGGGCGCCACCUCAGACACUCGUGCUUCAGUCGCUGGUUAGAGGGGAGCCGUACAGCGGCCGCUGGAGGCCCCUGUCGCGGCCCUCUGAGGCCCCCGGGGACCUGGAGGCUCUGAAGGACCUGGCUCUCUUUGACGGGCCCCGGCAGGACUUCUCUGGCCCUGGGAGGCUGGACGUGGAGUAUUCCGAGGGAAGCCAGGAGGAGAAGGCAGGCGGAGGUUCAGAGGUCGUAACGUCGACUCAUCAUUCGUCUCUGAAGGGAAGAGACGGAUUCAACCAAUCAGAAGCAGACGACGGUCCAGAGAGGACUGAGAGCAGCGCGGCCCAGAUCCGAGCCUCGUCUGUGGGGAACUUCAGCCGAGGAGACGAGGACGGAACCAGGAGGCCGACGGAUCCUGCAGAGAAAACAACCAAAACACAAGGUGGCACUGUUUCUUCAUCAACCACUGACUCCACCCAUCAAGACCAUUCAAGGACUACAGCUCCACCCCCGACCACAGCUCAUUGGCCGAGCAGCACAACCACACAGACGGGUCGAUCCCCGACGCCGCCGCUCACAAAACCUGAACAACACACGUUGUCUACAGUUUCACCUGGACGCACAACCGAUGUUGUGAUGACGUCAGCAGCUGUAGCUCCGCCCACCAUGCCCCACCCCCCAGCCAAAACCAUAACCUCUGACCCCCCGACCGCCACCUCACCUCUCAGCACCAGCCCCGCCCCCCCCACCACGACCACCCUCUCUGCUGACUCUGUGUCGGAGGUCGUCGGGUCAAACCGUGGUCCGGUGGCGGUUGUAGGUCCUGACAGGAAGUUGUUCCUCCCGCUUGGCAGCUUGUUGCUCGAUGGCAGCGGAAGCACCGACGACCACGGCAUCGCCAGCUACCACUGGGACGCCAUCAGCGGUCCUCCUGGGUUAAGGCUGGAGGAGGUGGACCGGGCGGUAGCUACGGCAACAGGUCUCCGGGUGGGGCGCUACACCUUCCGACUGACUGUCUAUGACCAGCAGGGGGCGAAAGACAGCGCCUCAGUGACCUUCAGGGUCGAGGAGGCCGCUCGUCUUCCUCCGGUCGCUCACGCCAGCGGCAGCCACACGUUAACUCUGCCCAACAACUCGCUCAUUCUGCGAGGAUCCGUCACCGACGGAGACCAGACCAGGGUCCAGUACCUCUGGGUCAGGGACAGCCAGAGUCCUGCUGCUGGGGACGUCCUGUACGGCUCGGAGACUCAAGCCUCUCUGUACCUGGCCAACCUGGUAGAAGGAACCUACCUGUUCCAGCUGAGGGUGACCGACGCUCAGGGACGCUCCAGCACGGCCACGGCCACGGUGGAGGUCCGACCAGAGCCGGGCGGGGGGGAGGAGGUGGAGCUGGAGAUGCUGGUGUCAGUGUCUCAGGUGAGUUUGUCUCAGAGGGACACGGUCGUCCGGCAGCUCGCCGCUCUGCUGCACGUCUUCGACGGGGACAUCCAGGUCCGAGCGCUGCAGGGACACUCGCACCUCAGCUCGGUGCUGAGGCUCUCGGUGUGGGGCCCCUCGGGGCCCCUCCCUGGCUCCAGGUUAGUGGCUCUGUUGAGGAACCAGCUGCUCAGAGACAAGAGCGACUACCUGCUGUUCAGAGUCCUGAGAGUCGACACCGUGUUGUGUCUCCUCCACUGUUCGGGGCGUGGUCAGUGUGAUCCGGUCACCAAGGACUGCACAUGUGACCCCUUCUGGACGGAGAAUGUGAUUCGCCGUUACCUUGGUGACGGCGAAAGCAACUGUGAGUGGAGGGUUCUGUACGUCAUCCUGACCAGUUUCCUGCUCAUGGGCGUCAUCCUGUCCGUCAGCUGGACCUUCAUCUGCUGCUGCAAGAGGAGGAGACAGACCAAAGUGAGGAGGAAAACCAAAUACACCAUCCUGGACAACAUGGACGAGCAGGAGAGGGUGGAGCUCAGACCCAAAUUCAGCAUCAAACACCGGAGCACAGAGCACAACUCCAGCCUGAUGAUGUCCGAGUCGGAGCUGGACAGCGACCAGGACACCAUCUUCAGCCGGGACCGACCCGUCCAGAGCAGGAACCAGCUCAUCGCUCAGGCUAAUCGCAACGGAAACGCCUUCGGAUGACGGGAUAACCGACCUCCACGUGACGCAGAGAGGAGCCUUCCAGGAGGUUUGCACUCUGGCGGCCCCAAGUGGUGAGAGAGAUAAGGCUUCUCAGAGUUUGACGAGCUUGAUCCUCGUUAGUGAAAUCAGUAAAAUGAGCGUCAGGGUCGGACCAACCCGGCACUUCCUCAACACAAAGGAUUUAAAGGCCUUCCAACAGCAUUAACUCAUUAGCUAACAGGCUAAUCGAAGCUAACGUGAGCUUCAUUAUUAUUUCAUCUCAAUAGUAACUUGUUAAACGGUCACAUCCAUCCAGCUGCCCUCUGCUGGAUGGAUGUCCUCUGCAGACAAAGAAAUAUCAGUAUCCAAAAGAAGACCGCAAUAUGUUUAGCUCAGCACUUUGACUGAGGGAAUUGUAAUUGUUAUACAAACAUUUCCAGUGUUAAAGUGUUGACUGACGACCUCAACUAACAUAACACACAAACACAGUUUAUUUAUUUCACUGUCUUUUUAAGUUGUGCUCCAUGUUGAACCUGGCUUAGCACAAGGACGUAAACCAAAGGGCAACAGUCAAAAGGAAAGAAGGUCUGAUCGGAUAAAGACGUGGCACGGGGUUUAUUUAUCAAGCUGUUCCUAAGUUUGAUUUUUUUAUGAUGUUCAAAGGUUUAGUUUUGUCUGAAUAGAACGAAAGUUUCUUAAAUGAAUUCAUGUGAACAAAAGCUCCUUCAGUCACCCUAACUUUGACUACUACAAAAUAUAUAUUACGAUUAAGACCAAUUACACAUUUUAGAAAUACAAUCUGCUGUACAAAUAACAAUAGUUGGUACUGAACAACCGGACAGUGUUUACGACAUUAAACUGAUGGAAUAAAUUACUGUAAUUCUAUAUAUUAGUACAUAUUAAAUAUAUGCUACAUAAAAUAAAUGAUAGUGAUAAUUGUGUUAAAGAAAUACAAUAUUAUGAAGCUUCUGGGCAGUAACCUGUUUAAUUAUUAGUAUUUCCUAUGGCCAAGGCGUGCAGAUUCCUUUUGAGAUUGUCUCUGAGUUAAUGAAAUCUUUAUAAACGUAAUAAUCAUUUUAAGCCAAAUAUAAAAAAUCAGUCUAAUCAGGUUCAUUAACAAAAUAGACUGAAAACUGGAUUAUUUCUAAUUCAAUGAAUGAAAAUCUCUGUUGGUCAAAGCUGAAACAACGAUGAUGCUCCUGAUGAGUGAGAUCGUUACGACUGGGACUCUGUAAAAAAACACACCGAUACUUUACGUCUGGUGUUUAUUUGCUCACCACAGUGUCAGUCACUUCCAAUAAGGUUUGUAAAACAAACUUCACCAAGACUCAAAAUGGCUCCAGGGCAGAAAACUGCUUCAGGUUCAGACUAAACCUGCCACGCAUCUAAAGAAGUAUCACCAUAAAUCUUUCAAUUUGAUUUAUUUCUUUAUCUCUACACAGAAAAACACUGACAUUGACUUUGUCCUAGAAACUGGAUGCAUGCAGAUGAUUCAUCCUUCACAUUAGGCCACGAGUUCAACGUUUAUAUUCACUCAACAUAUCAUUUUACCCAAACUGAUACAUAUACUACAUUUUGAACUAAAGGUCCAAACAUUAAACUGAGAUACAAGAGAUAAAAUACAAUUUGUUCCUAUUUCUUUUGUAUCAGCAUAUUCAAGGAUUUUAAUCACAAAAAAAACAGUUUUCACUGAAAUAAUCCUACGACAGAACUUUAGGAAGAUCAACACCAACGAAACUAUUUAGCGUAAGGUUUAGUGUAUUUUGUUUUAUCAGUAGCACAACUAAAAGUUUGUGCUAAUACAGGAAGUUCACUUUGUAGAAAAUAAAAGUUUGAUCAGAUGUUUUCGAGGAUGGUGACGGAGGAGAAGACGUAACCGUCACCAACGUUUUCAACUAAACCCCGCCCCAAAAAGUCACUCUCCAAUCACAGCUUAGCAACUGUUACUAGGCAGAGCAGGCUGGCUAACUAGCAGCAGUAACGAGUUUGUAGUGUUUAAAGUUUCCGUUAGAAAAAGUCUGGUUGUGGGAACCAGAACCAGGAAGUUAAACCCAGAGACAACUGUCUUGACUUUUUAAACCUUUAUUACUUUUGCUGCUUUUUAUUGUUUCUUAUGUCUGUAUUUCUGUUUUACAUCUGUAAAUAAUUGUUCCUUUACUGUAUAUUUGUAUAUUUGUAUUGUAAUCAGGAGAUUAAAGAAAGCGAGCUCGCUCUCAGUGGCUUUCCCUCUGUAUAAAUAAAGGUUUCAAUGAAUCAACAAAA